UGGUCGGCCGCCAUUCGGGCCUCCCGGCCUGCUGCGGCGGCGCGGCCGGUUGAGGCGGGGCUCGGCCCGGCCCGCGACGGCUGGCCGCCGACGAGCGCGCUCGCGCUGCUCGUCAAAAUGGCGGCGGUGGCGAUUGCGGCGACGGUCGUUCAGUCGUACAGCGCUCAGGCGCCUCUCGUCUGUCGUCUGUUGUCGCAUUUCGCACACGCGCGCGCCGCGCGACCCGCGUCGCUCCGCGAGGGCAUGAGCCUUCCGCGAUUCGAUCCCGCAGCCAAAAGCUGCUCGCUCGAACCGGCCGACUCUACCAUCGCGGCUGCAGCUGUUGAGCUCUCCAGAAGACUGGAAGUGCUGACUCGAUUUCUACUCGAAUUCUUCUACCCCCACGACUCGGAACGCGAAUGUGACAGGACCAUCGGGUCCUUCGGCCACCAAACCGAGAUCACCCGAGAGCAGCUGAGCCUGCCUCUGGCCUCGCCUCCCUCUCCUCCAGGCAUUCGUGGCAUCCUAUGGGUCGUCCAGAGUAUCGACCUCUGGCUUGUCAGCCAGCCCCACUUUGAGGGCGCCAUGAACUUUGAGGGCGCCAUGAAGUACAGCGAUCGCCAUCUCGCUGACCUCUCCGCAAGGCCCCCCGACCGCGUCGAACUCAUCGGCGCGGGCUCUCUCGGCUACGGGACCGGCCCCAGCUUCGGCUGAGGGCUGACAAGCUGCCGAGCCCAAAUCACUGUGAGAGUCGUGAUUUCUCUUGUUGGUUUUCUAAAAUCUCUCUCU